AUGAUGAGACGAGUCCUCGAUGCUGCCUCCCGGGGCAAUAGGCUAAAGGCCAUCCUCGUAUCUUCUUGCAUUGCAUGUUUGCUCUGGCUAUCCAUAUACCAUCACCCUACUCAGCUCUUAAAGAAGUCUCAAAUUGCGCAUCGCUCAUCCCGAGCACAGCCUCCCUGGGAUGAGCCAUUCGCCCUCGAGGAAUUCCUACUCACCGUCCCAGACCCCGCCAAAACCCGAGAAUGGAGCAUCUACUACACCUCUGGACCGCAUUACUUGAGCCUUGGCCUUCCUCAAAGUCUCUGGACCCAGAACAAAUGGCAAGAAUUUGGCGUCGACGCGUACAUCAAGGAGUACCCUGUCGAUAACCCUGGUUACCCCUUCACCGUGCCCAAGCAUAGCCGUCUUGCUCUCCUGGAUCGGGAUGCAGGAGGACACGUGCUCUAUGAGGCGAGCCUCGUUGAGAACUCCACGGACGUGAAUCUCCUCAGCGGGGAGGCCGUAAUCGUGCCCCCGUUUUUGAGUUUUUCGCCAAGCUGCAACCUCAACGCGUCUGUAGUGUAUGCGAAUUUUGGGACAGAGAAAGACUUUGAAGAUCUGUCCCGCAUAAAUAUCAACGUCACAGGGAGAUUGGCCCUUAUCAAAGCCGGCAAGGCACAAGGUGCCCUUUUGGAAGAUAUUUUUCUCAAAACGGGCCUGGCGGGGUACAUCACCUACCCAGACCCCCAGCAGGAUGGGGAAUUUACUGAAGACAAUGGUUAUAUGCCGUACCCAGAUGGCCCAGCUCGAGCACCAGCAAGUGUCUUUCGGCAGAGUGGACCUCACACUCAUCCAAAUGAAUCAUCCACCGACCCAAUAAAAAUACUGCCAAUCUCAUACGCAGAUGCAAUCCCAAUCUUGCGAGCUCUCAACGGCCACGGGCCUCGAGCUGACGAAUUAGGAGAUUCGUGGAAGGGCGGCCGGCUGGGCUACCGUGGUGUCGAAUAUAACGUUGGCCCCACACCAUCCAACAUCACACUGAACAUGCACAUUGAAAUGGAAGAGAGCCAGGUCAUAGCCUACGACGUGGUCGGCACCAUCAAAGGCGAGAUUGAAGACGUAGUGGUUAUCGGCAACCACCGCGACGCAUGGGGCGCUGGCGCCGCAGAUCCAAACAGCGGUUCCGCGAUCCUGAACGAACUUGUUCGAGGUUUUGGCCUAGCCGUCCAGCUUGGCUGGCGGCCCCUCCGAACCCUCGUCUUCAUUAGUUGGGACGGCCACGAGAUGGGCUUCUGGGGCUCCAUGCCAUGGGUGCAGGAGAAUCUCCCCUGGUUAUGCAACCGAACAGUAGCCUACGUGGAAGCACCAAAUGCCGUCUCGGGCCGCCAUUACUUCACCAAAGCCAGUCCUCUCUUGGGAUCACUUUUCCGCGAAGUCACAGCACAGAUCCCGUCUCCCAAUCAGACUAUACCCGGCCAAUCGGUACUGGACCUCUGGGGUGGCUCGCUGGGGCCGCAGGGCGGCGGUGACGCCGCGAUGUUUGUACGCCAGUGCAUCACCACAGGAGACUUUGGCUUCGAGCAGGGAGAGCACGAUCCUGUGUUCCAUUGGCACAGCAGCUUUGACACGGUAGCUUGGAUGGACCAGUUUGGAGACCCUGGGUUCCAUUAUCACAUGGCGGCUGCGCGAAUUUGGGCUUUGCUGACGGCGCGAUUGGUGGAUAGUCCCGUACUCCCGUUCAACGUGACUGAGUAUGCUGUCACUCUGCGACAGUAUAUUGACCUUAUUGAGGAACAGAUGGAUGAAACUUUUGGGUCUGAUCUCAGUUUUGAAACGCUGUAUGAUGCUCUGUCAAGACUUCAUCCUGUCGCUGUAAAGUUCGAUACACUCGCCGCGGAGCUUCGGGAAUCGGGGAGUACGGCAUUCGACCACGAAGUCAAAAUCGUGAAUGGCAAGUAUCGCAUGUUCGAGCGCCAAUUCUACAGAGAGGAGGGCAACGGGGUGGUACAGAGUAACAAGAAUAUUGUCUUCCAGGAUAGUUCAUACAAGCUCAAUAAGCCUGGAUUUGCGGGGCUGGCAAACAGCGUCGAGUCGGGGGAUUUGGAUGGCACUGAGGAAUGGUUGGGUAUUAUUCAAUCCAAGAUAGAGGUUGCAAUCGACCUUUUGGAAGGGUAG